CUUAAAUAAUUGCAUUUCCAUGUUCUGUCUACUUUGAAAGAGCAGAUAUAGUAAAUGCAGGGUCCUGGGAGACCAGAUAUAGUGAAUGCAGGGUCCUGGGAGACCAGAUAUAGUGAAUGCAGGGUCCUGGGAGACCAGAUAUAGUGAAUGCAGGGUCCGGAGAGACCAGAUAUAGUGAAUGCAGGGUCCGGGAGACCAGAUAUAGUGAAUGCAGGGUCCGGGGGGUGAGACCAGAUAUAGUGAAUGCAGGGUCCGGGGAGACCAGAUAUAGUGAAUGCAGGGUCCUGGGGAGACCAGAUAUAGUGAAUGCAGGGUCCGGGGAGACCGGAUAUAGUGAAUGCAGGGUCCGGGGAGACCGGAUAUAGUGAAUGCAGGGUCCGGGGAG